AUGAUUUGGUUUGCUGACAUACAAUUUGGGGCUACCGUGAACCGAGCGCAUCACAGUCUGCACCGGCAAAUACCGUCACCUCAGUGGCGCCCAGACGCAAGAGAAAGCGGAGGAAGCUACGAAGAACUAGGCAGUUCCGCCAACGAGACACCGGUGGCACUAGACCUUGACAGCGUCGAAUCCAUCAAGGCAGCCGCUAUCUAUAUCCGGGAACAGUUCGGUUCACUCGACAUUCUUGUCUAUGACGGCGGCAUCAAUCGAUCAUCUGAUCCCAACGCCACGCUGCGUGAGACCUACCGCGCAGUGUUCGAGACCAACGUCUUCGGGAUGGUUGUUGUAGUAGAUGCCUUUCUUCUGCUUCUCUGUGCUUCCAAGUAUCUUGAUCGGCGCAUCGUCAACGUGACCAGCAGCCUCGGGCGGAUUGGGAUAGCCUACUCGCCUACCUCGAAGUAUAGUGUUAAGGUCUGGGAGCUGCCAGCCUACCGAAGCAGUGAAACCGCCUUCAACAUGAUCAAUGCGGUGGAUGCGGUGCGCCUGCAGAAGGAGAACAUUCUCUCAAUCGUGGUUUGCCCGGGUUACUGUCGAAAGGACUUUGGGGCAGGCCGUGGUGCCAAGUCUGCUGAGGAGGGUGCACAGCCGAUUUUCCGCGCGGCAACAGAGGGUCUCCAGAAGAACUGUUUGGGAAGGUUGUGGAGGAUGAAGGGUAUUUUGUGUAGUUCAGGUGGUAGACGCCGCAGUGAGGGUAAUUUUCGCCAUUUGUAG